AUGAAUAUCAAUUCAAUAGGCAUAGUUGAUCUGUUUAAUUUAUUGGAAUCCAACAAACUUGGGGAGGUAGAAAAAAUUAAAAUAUUUCAUGAACUUUUUUUGAGUACAAAAGAUAAUUGGUUGGUAAAUGGUCUUUUCGAUUAUUAUCUGUCCACGAAUUCCUUAAGAGCUGUUGAGGUAUUAGCUGGUGUUCGUGAUCCACAUGAUAAGCAUCUUUUAGAUCGUUUAUCAGAAGCUCUUUCUAAAUCUGGAAGUAGCAGCCAAAGAAUUCAAACUCUUACUUUAUUAGGUCAUAUUGCCCGUCGUCAGCCAACUUGGUUAUACAAGCUUACAAGUCAUACUUUAUUUCGGGAUUUACUUAAGUUACUUAAGAUGGAAGCAGAUACAUUAUCUCUUAUGAGUGCACUUUUACUCUUAGUAAUGUUAUUGCCAAUGUUACCUGCUGCUUUAGGGCCAUAUCUCUCAGAAAUUUUUGAAGUAUUUGGUCGAUUGGCCUCUUAUUAUCAUCAUCAGUCAUCAUCUAUAUUUUCAUCUCCUAUGCAUUUUACUUCAAAAACAAUAACAGGGACAAUAGAUAAAAAUCAUUUAUAUUUAUUACAUUUGCAAGUUGGACUAUAUAGUUUAUUUCACAGAUUAUAUGCCAUGUAUCCUUGUAACUUUAUUUCAUAUUUAAAACAACAGUACAUUCAACGAGAUCAAUUAGCUACUUUUACUCAUACAAUUAGACCAAUGUUAGAUUCAGUGCGUAUGCAUCCUUUACUUGUUACUGCUUCUAAGGAUACAGAGAUUUCUGCUGCUAGAUGGAAAAAAAUGGAGCAUCAUGAUAUUAUGGCAGAAUGUGGUCGUUUUACAUUGGAUAAAUGUCGAGAAGAAGUAUUUCGUACUACAAAUUCACGUUCUACGCCACCUUUAGAUUAUUCUUCUAUGUAUACUCCAAUAAACAUUAGUGGAGGAAUAGCACCAUCAGAAAUCAGUAAUGGUGAAGAUGAUACAUUUUGGUCACCAAGUAUGGCAGUGCCACCACAUAGUCCUCAGUUUCCAGUUACAUCUCAUGAACAACGAUCUACUCCAUCAACACCUAAUAAUAACAGAAGUGGUACAUCUCCACCAGAAGCUGCAGUUGAAGCCACUCCAGAAACAACUCCUGUUAAGGAUUUACGAAAGUUAUCAACGAGGCAAGUACCUACUGGUUCUGUCGCAGUUCGCGCUCUUACUGCAUUUGGUAAUGGUACAGUAGGUUCAAAUUCACGACCAUCCACACCGAUUCCUUUAAAUCCGUCUGUGUCUGGCUCUUUAAUUGGAAGUGGAAAUGCGAACAAUGCACAUGGUUUUUUUUCGCACAAGCUAAGUAAAAUUAUCGCAGAUAGACAAACUAUCGCUCAACAAAAGUCAUCUAUUAACGUCGAUGAAGAUGGAAAAUUUUCAGAAAUAAAUACACAGAAUGGGAAAAACGAUUCUUGGCAAGAAGAUCAAGAGCAUUCUAUUGUGCAGGUUUUAGAAAUUGUAAGCUCUCAAACUACUGGAAAAUUAGAAAGUUCAAAAUAUUGUGAACAAGAAUAUCAUAAUGAAAAAAUGCAAAAUGCUAUUGCAGAUUUGUCUCAAAAAGUUUAUCAGCUUCGUUUGUAUUCUCAAACAAGUCAAAUUUCAACGCAUUUAAAUUUGAAUUCUCUUUUUAAAAUUAGAAAAAGUAAAUCUUGUCCCGAUAUCAAAGUUCAAAAACUUAUUGAUGAUAAACGAGAUAUAAUGAAAAUAAUAGCGACAAAAAAAUUAGAAGAAACGGGAACACAAACUUUCGAUUUGCUUCCAUAUGAAUAUUUAUUGUUGGGAAUUCUGGAUCAAAAAAAUGAAAUGAAUUUACAAAAGCAUUCAUCUCAAGAUACAGAACUUAGAUUGUCACCAACUGCAAUGCUUGAUCGAUAUGUCGAAGCUUGUACGCAUUCUGGGACUAAUGCAAUUAAACAGAAACAAAAAGAAAAUGAUGGAGAAGAUGAAAUAGGAGAAGAAGAUAUAUUUGACAUUGAAUGUGCAAAUCAAUUAUUACAGCUUAUGCAAAUGCAACUCCAAUUUGAACGGCAGCGUAGAGAAGUUCACGCUGAACGUAAUCGAAGACUUCUUGGUAAACUGAGGGAUUCACGUGCAUUAGAAGAACAUAAUUAUGCUUUGACUGAUCGUUUGAAAAUAAUGGAAAAAGAAGUAGAAAGCUUAAAAAUUGAAUUAGAUCGUAAUAAAAAAGAAGCUUGUCAAACUGAAGAUCAAUAUAAAGAUGCAUUACACCACUGGCAAACUAAGUGUAUUGAAGAACAGCGACAAAAUCAAAUAAUAAAGGAUCGCCUUGAAUCUGUUGAACUUGAGUUAAAAAAUGAACAAAAAAAAGUAGCAGACUAUGAACGGCAAAUUCGUUCUACGGAGGCUUCUCUGUUUGAUGCAGGUCAUCAACUAAGAGUAGCUUUAAAAGCUGCAAAUCGUAGUAAAGAAUUAGAACGUAAUCUUGAUAUUAUACAGAAAAAAUUUCUUCUACUUAGAGAGGCACAAGUAAAAUUACAAGAAAGUACAAGUGGUCCUUCACCAAUGACAAAGCAAGAAAUAAUACAAAUACAAAAAUCAUAUUCGGAAGAAUUAACUAAUUUACGACGACAAUUGGAAUCGCGAACAUCUUUUGUAGAAGCUUUGAAAAUACGUUUAAGUGAACUAGAAAACAAAGAAGCGCGAAAAGAAGCGCAACUUGUAGAACUUCAACGACUUUUACAAGAAACAAAAGAUCAACACGAAGCCGAAUUGGAAGCCGUUGAAUCAAAAUAUAAAGCACAAGCUGAGAUCAAUCUUCUUCUUGAAAGCCGUAUACUUGAAUUUCAUGGAACACUAGAAUCAGCAACUUGCAGUAAUACUACUGUAAACAAUUUAGCAUCUUCAGCAUCACCUAAAGAAAGAUCACCUCCAUUGUCAGCUAGUUUAGCUUCUUCUAGUGAGGGAAGUCUUGCCUUUAUUCAUUCAAGUACUGGAAUAAUAAUGAAUGACUGCUGUGAUACCGCAGGCGAAAUUCCUAAUCUUCAAGCUAUUGUCGAACCCGUGCCAAGUCAGGCUACGUCACCAUCUCGUCAAAAUCGAAAUCCUAAACAAGACUAACGCUACGCAAAUCUGAUAUCUUUUCGCAUGCAGUUAUUCUUUUUUGCACGCGUACAACUGUUAUCCAGUGACGUGGUAUUAAAUCAGAAGAAAGUUAUUUGUAGCUUUUUAUCGACAUAUUAUGCAGAAUUCAUAAAAAUAUUAUUAUCGCGUGAUUUCGAUAAAUAAUUGAAAAUAUACUGGUAAUUAAUAAAAUUACUAGCAUGAUAUAAUUUCACUCUUAAAAAAUGAAUUCACAAUGAAUAAAUGGUUGAGAUAUUUUGUGAGCAAUUUUAUAUGUCUCAACUGUUAA